AUGUCGGCCCCCAUCACGGUCAUCGUAUCAUCCAAGAACCCCACCAAGAUCAGAGCUGCCGAGGAGGGCUUCGCGCAGCUCCUCCCGGCAACAUACCACGUGCGCGGCAUCAGCGUCGCCUCCGGCGUGCCCGACCAGCCCUUCUCCGACAAGGAGACCCUCCUGGGCGCCGUGAAUCGCGUGCAGAACGCCAGGGCUGAGGAGCCCGACGCCGACUACUGGGUCGGCAUCGAGGGUGGGGUGCACUUUGAGCUGGACGGCGGCCCCAUACAGUCGUUCGCCUGGGUCGUCGUCGCUGGGAAGGAUGGGCGGGUGGGAAAGUCGCGCACGGCGACGUACUACCUCGCCGAGGAGACGGCCAAGCUGCUGCGCGCGGGGAUGGAGCUGGGACACGCCGACGACGUCAUCUUUGGCGAGUCGAACUCCAAGCACAAGAGCGGUUCGGUCGGGCUGUUGACGGACGACGUCGUCACUCGUACGGGGUACUAUAUUCCCGCUGUUGUGCUGGCUCUUAUCCCGUUCAAGAACACUGCCUUGACGUUUCAAUAG